AUAGGUCAGUCCAUCGGCCAACAAUUAUUCAACUUAUUUAUAUUUUUUAUAUUUCCUUGCAUCCAUUAGAUAUGUAUUAAUAUUGCUUAAAUGUAGGUUGAACUAAUCGCUUACUAUACCUAUCUACUGUUGUAAACAAAUGUGAAUAAUAUAUCACAAUGAAAAAAAAUGGUUUUUCCGUAGUUUUACUCGAUUUAUGCUGAAAAAUGCUUGCAACUGGCGCCGUGGAAAAUGUAACAGCCGAAUCGCCACAAAGCAACGCAGAUAUUGCAACGGAAGAUGAUAUCGCUCGUCGUGAAGCGACCUUUCGGUUUACCGUAGAAAAUAUUAGCCAGCUGAAGGAACGAGUUCUGUCACCGCCAUGCUACGUUAGAUGCCUGCCCUGGAGGAUACUUAUCCUUGUCCGGAACAGCACAAACACCCCGGAACGCUCAACGCAGCAAAAAGCUCUUUCAAUUUUCCUUCAAUGCAAUGAAGGUAGUGAGACUCCAGGUUGGACGUGCUAUGGGCUGGGCGAGCUGAAACUUCUGUCACACAAACCUGAUGGUGAACAUCUAUGCCGAAAACUCCAUCAUAUGUACCAUUGCAAAGAAGACGACUGGGGCUACGCGAAUUUCAUAUCAUGGCAAGAUUUAAUGAACCCAGAUGAUGGAUUUGUUCAAAAUGACUCCAUCACAGUUGAGGCACAUGUCGUGGCGGAAGCUCCACAUGGAGUUUCUUGGGACUCCAAGAAACACACUGGAUUUAUCGGUCUUAAAAAUCAAGGUGCGACAUGCUACAUGAAUUCUCUUCUACAAACCCUUUUCUUUACUAAUGUUCUUCGGAAAGCCGUGUAUAAGAUCCCCACUAGUGGUGAUGAUAGUUCACGGUCAGUCGCUUUUGCACUGCAACGAGUGUUUUACGAUCUACAGUUUUCUGAUAUACCAGUGGCAACUAAAAAGUUGACGAAAAGUUUUGGCUGGGAGACGUUGGAUUCUUUUAUGCAACACGAUGUCCAAGAAUUUCUUAGAGUUCUCCUAGAUAAAUUAGAAAGUAAGAUGAGACAUACUGUAGUCGAAGGAACAGUUCCAAAACUGUUUGAAGGCAAAAUGACCUCUUUUAUAAAGUGUAGGAAUGUAAACUGUUCGAGCACCCGCGUCGAAACUUUCUACGAUAUUCAACUAAGCGUUAUGGGGAAAAACAAUAUUUACGAAUCGUUCAAGGAGUAUAUUAGUACGGAGUUGUUAGAUGGAGAUAACAAAUACGACGCUGGCGAACAUGGGUUACAGGAAGCGGAGAAGGGUGUACGAUUUGAUGUGUUUCCUCCGAUACUGCAUCUUCACCUAUUGAGGUUUCAAUACGACCCGCAAAGCGACACGUCUAUUAAAUUUAAUGACAGAUUUGAAUUUUUUGAGGAAAUCAAUCUAGACCAGUAUCUUCAAGAUGCACCUCAAUCUCCAGCACAUUACACGCUUCAUGCAGUCCUAGUACAUUCUGGGGACAUCCACGGGGGACAUUAUGUUGUGUUUAUUAACCCAAAAGGAGAUGGAAAGUGGUGUAAGUUUGAUGACGAUGUCGUGUCCCGGUGCAGUAAACAAGAAGCGAUCGAAUACAACUUUGGCGGCAAGGAGGAUGCUCCGUAUCUUUCCCGGCGAGCGACGAGUGCCUACAUGCUUAUCUAUAUACAAACUUCCCAGCUGAUGUAUGUUUUACAAGACGUAACUGAGAACGAUAUACCGACAGAUCUGUGCGAGAGAAUAAAUGCAGAGAUGCGAUGCGAGAUGGUAAGAACAUGCAGAAGAAAAAUAAGGUGCAGAAAGUUGAGAUCUGACACGUCUGUGACAUCAUCCAAGUACUACGCGAAGAUAUUCAACGCACUCAAACAGUUCUUCACUCUGCAGACCCCACCCGGUUCUAAAUUCAAAACAAGAUAGUAUCAUAUGUGUAAAGACUAGUUCUUUAAACUUUAAGCUUCAUUUACUAUAAUCCGCUGAAACCAGAAGAAUCUGUACGUUGCAAGUUAUAAUAUCAUUAAUCUAUAUGGUCUCUGUCGUGGCAGUUAUUGUAAAAUCAACAUCUCAGUCAGAGAUUUUCGUAGUUUUCGGGGAUUAUUUUUACUAAGUUAAUCAUGAAUGGAAUUCCAAAAAGUAACGCCUGCUUGUAUCUAAUAGAACUAGCACUGCUGCUUUUGGUGGGUACCUAAUAUGACGUGUCAGAAAUUACUUUGUGUGUGUUGGUAAAUUAUACUUUUGUACAUGUUCUAAUAAUAUUAUAUACA